GCUGCCUCCUCCGCCGGCGGCGACAUUCAGAAAGGAGAUGGCGGCCAGAGGGGGCUUUCAGUCGGCACCAACGGGAGGUGGUGGCGGUGGUGCAUUGGGGUCAGGAUCUCCGGUGCCUGGAGCAGGACAAGGCAUGGGACCGGGAACUCCGUCUGGAAGGAUGGGUCCCUCGUCGUCCGCACAGAACCACAUGUAUCGCUCCCCGAUGGCCGGGCCUGGGUACCCGAGACCUGGCAUGCCCCCAUCCAGUCGCAUGACCCCACAGGGACCAGCCAUGGGACCCCCAGGAUACGGCAGCAGCCCCGUGUCUCGUCCUGGGAUGCCUGGUGUUAUGGACCCAUCUCGCAAGAGACCUGCCCCCCAACAGAUUCAGCAGGUCCAACAGCAACAAAAUCGUAACCAGCACACAAAAAAGAAGAAGAUGGCUGACAAAAUUCUACCUCAGAGGAUCAGGGAACUGGUCCCAGAGUCUCAGGCUUACAUGGAUCUGCUUGCUUUUGAGAGGAAGCUGGACCAGACCAUAAUGCGCAAAAGGCUGGACAUUCAGGAGGCCCUCAAGAGACCCAUCAAGCAAAAGAGAAAGCUUCGAAUCUUCAUAUCUAACACCUUCAACCCUGCAAAACCCGAUGCUGAGGACGGAGAAGGCACAGUUGCAUCAUGGGAGCUCCGAGUUGAGGGACGUCUGCUGGAGGAUACGGCUGUGUCCAAAUAUGAAGCAACCAAACAAAAGAGGAAGUUCUCGUCUUUCUUCAAGUCCUUAGUCAUAGAGUUGGACAAGGACCUGUAUGGUCCAGAUAAUCAUCUUGUGGAAUGGCAUAGGACCGCCACCACCCAAGAAACUGAUGGUUUCCAGGUAAAGAGACCAGGUGACGUUGGUGUUCGUUGCACCGUCUUACUCAUGCUUGACUAUCAGCCCCCACAGUUCAAGCUGGAUCCCCGCCUGGCUCGUAUGUUAGGAAUCCACACCCAAACCAGGCCCGUGAUUAUUCAGGCGCUAUGGCAGUAUGUGAAAACCCAUAAGCUUCAAGACCCCCAUGAGCGCGAGUUCAUCAACUGUGAUAAAUACUUGCAGCAGAUCUUUGAGACACAGCGAAUGAAGUUCUCAGAAAUUCCACAGCGCCUACACGCACUCCUGAUGCCCCCAGAGCCCAUCAUCAUCAACCACGUUAUCAGUGUGGACCCCAACGAUCAGAAGAAGACCGCUUGCUAUGACAUUGAUGUGGAAGUAGAUGACACACUGAAGACCCAGAUGAACUCAUUCCUGCUGUCCACAGCCAGCCAGCAGGAAAUUGCAGGACUGGACAAUAAGAUUCAUGAAACCAUUGAGACCAUUAAUCAGCUGAAGACUCAAAGAGAGUUCAUGUUGAGUUUCGCCAGAGAUCCUCAGGGUUUUAUCAACGACUGGCUGCAAUCACAGUGCCGAGACCUCAAGACCAUGACUGAUGUGGUAGGAAACCCUGAGGAGGAGCGAAGAGCGGAGUUCUAUUACCAGCCAUGGGCCCAGGAGGCAGUCUGUCGCUACUUUUACUCCAAGGUCCAACAGAGGCGACAGGAACUGGAGCAGGCCCUCGGCAUCAGGAAUACCUAAAGCAAAAACUCUUCACAGGCAGUGGACAAAUUAGUGUGCAAGUGUGAGACGGUCAAAUAGAUUCCUCACUUCUGUGUGUUCUCCCUCUCUCCUUCUGCAUCUCAACUGCUUUGCAGCUUUGUUUUCCUUUUCUUUUCUUUUUUCCACAGCUCUGACCCCUGAGCACGCUCUCCUUUGUCUGAGCGUUAUCUGGAAGCAUUCCUUUUGUUUUUAUUCAGUAUUCCCACACAAAAUGCAAAACUGGGCGAAUCAAAUUGACAAGAUGAAGCUUUCUGUUUCUGCACCAAAAAAUAAAUAAUGGGUAGUACAUUUUCCUGACUCUCCUGAUUUGGCCCACAUGUGCGUGCCCAUGCAGAGAUUGGGAUGGUAACCUGUCAGGCAUUUCUCCAUGUUGGCUCAUGUUGCUUUGUCUUAAAUCACUGUUGGCUUUUUUGGGGCACAGCUGUUUCAACUAAAAAAUUAAGCUCAUUAAAUUUAAAGUUGAUCAUGGCGGAAUAUAUGUUGUGGCGAAUUGGUGCGGUUUCCAGUCGUAUGAAGUUUUCUUGCCUUUUUUUUUAUUAUCAAUAAUCCUGAUGGGUUUUUAAUGUAUAUCAAUACUGUCUUGUUAGCGAGUACAGAUUAUCAAAGAAGUAGCUAGUAUAAAAGUACCUCAUCAAUGGGUUUUGUAAAUACAGAGCUGAAGAAAAAAAAAACCCUGAAGGUGGAUGUGAAGUAAGACUGUCUCUUUUAUUCUGGCGGUUCUUUUUCGUAUCUGUUUUUGUCUUUGCUCAGAGUUGGUAUUUAUACUAAUCAGUUCACACUAUGAUUUUUCUUCACAGCAUGCUGGCUUUAGCUGUGCGCCACACACGUUAGGCCUUGUAUGAGCUGAGAAGUUUCAAUCAUGCAUUUCUUUUGUGAAAUUUAAUUAUGUGCAAAGAAGCCAUAAACACACAAGCAGUCGCACAAGUGAGCAAAUAGAUUUAAAGAGUCGCAGCUUCUUCGCACACUGGCUGAAAACCUGUUACCUCUGUGUUGACCCGAUGUUACUCUGUUCAUGGUAAAGAUGAACGCCCUGGUGGAAACUUUAAUUUCAUUAUCUGAGAGUACACUAAUGUGGUUUGGCCAGGCGCAGGAUUUAAAAUGAACCUGUAAGAUGUUGAAGAAAGCAAUGCAGGAUUUUAGCUUUUAUUAGAUUCUACAGAUGUUUUCAUGGACCAAACCUAUUUUUCUGUAUGUUAUGUUGUAAUAAAGGAUAUGU